UGCGCGCGCGGCACUUGUCAGCUUUACGUGCACACCUGUGGACAGUUGCGUGAUUUCCGGCUGCUGUUGUCAGGUGAGGCGGAAGUGAAAAGCAGCGAGAAGCUCACCUGUCGGCAGGUAAACGACCACCGAAGAAAGAAAAUGAGUAACCCCAUCCCAUCCAACCUGAAGUCUGAGGCCAAGAAAGCAGCCAAGAUCUUAAGGGAAUUCACCCAGAUCACCAACAGGGUUGGCCCGGACAAACUCAUCCCCCCUCAUGUCAUCGCAAAGGCUGAAGGUUUGGCCAUCAUCUCCGUCAUCAAGGCUGGCUUCGUGCUGACGGCCAGAGGAGGCAGCGGGAUCGUCAUCGCCAGACUCCACGACAGACGUUGGUCAGCGCCUUCGGCCAUCGGUAUCGCCGGUCUGGGUGGGGGCUUUGAGAUCGGUGUGGAGGUGUCGGACCUGGUGAUCAUCCUCAAUCAACGGAGGGCCAUCGAGGCCUUCACUAAGGGGGGGAACCUGACGCUGGGUGGGAAUUGCACCGUUGCUGUUGGACCAUUGGGCAGGAACCUGGAGGCUGACGUGGCCCUGCGCAGCACCGCCGCCGUCUUCACCUACUGCAGAUCCAGGGGUUUGUUUGCAGGGAUUUCUCUGGAGGGUUCCUACCUGAUCGAACGUAAAGAAACUAACCGCAAGUUUUACUCCCAGGACAUCAGAGCGUCGGCCAUUUUGAACGGUGACGUGGAGCCUCCGUCAGAAUGCUACGACCUUUAUCACAUUCUGGAGGUCUACACUGAGGCCUACACCACCGACUGGCAAAACAAGCACAUGAGGGCUAAGUCACUUGAAGCUCCAUCCAGACCUCCACCUCCAUCCCAGCGGAGACCUCAGAGCAGUUACCAGCAGCCAGCAGCAAGUUCAGGAAAGAAGACUGGUCUCUACCCAACUGCUUCUGUUUACAGGUCUGAAACCACCACCACUCAGUUUGUCUCCAACAACCCUCCCAGAUACGAUCCUUUUGACUCCAUCAGCCCUCCAAGUUACGAUGAAGGACUGUCAUUGGGUGGAGCCACAGGGUCUCUGGUUGUCACGGCGACCCAUCCCUUUACCGGUCAGCAUCCUGGAGACCUGAGUUUUCAACCUGGAGACAAGAUCACCGUCAUCACGAAGACAGUGUCCCAGUACGACUGGUGGGAGGGGCAAACGGAGGACGGACGUGUGGGAAUUUUUCCUGCUAACUUUGUCUCCUUUUAGUGUUGGGUGAAGGAGGCGGAGCUUAAAGGUCACCUAAAGGUUACAUUUACAAGCUAUUUUAUUCCUAAAGUUGUUUUGGUUAGAGACUUAACAGAUGCUAAAGUUUUAGAAUUUUCUCUCAUUCGAUUGAAAUAUGUGGCUUUUGGGACAUGUUAACACCUAAAACACAGUUUGUUGCUUUGUAGCACGUAAGGGUUUCUGGUUUUUAUUCUGUUAUAGUAUUUUUUUUAAGAAUGGUCACUUUUUAUACUUAAAAACAAAUGAAGGUUACAAUUCUGGGUGAUUAUGAGAAAUGAACAAACGGGACUUGGAAAUGAAUUAUGAUUAUUUAGAUAAUUCUGGUGUAAAUCUUGAACAUUUAGCUAGGAUAUUUUUCACUGUUUUGAUUUCCAAGUAUUAUUGAGGUGAUUAUGGGUAUCAUUUUGUGUUUUAUUCUCUACAGGAGAAUCUGACACAAUAAGUAAGUUUAAUCUGAUAAAUUAACAUAAAUACCUUUAGUAACUAACUACUAAGUCAGAAAUAAUCUGUUAAAGAUUAAAAGGAACUGGCUUGUGGGUCUGGAUGCUGUUACAGGUUCUUUCUAAAGGUCUGAGAAGAAAUUAGAUUUAUUUUUUUUAUGGGGUGUCAAGAGACUGAGUUCAUGUGAUAAAUUUUAAAUGGCAGCAGGGCCAUUCUGUCUUUUACUUCUGUAUGUGGUGCUUUGGAGCACUCAUAGAGGUAUGUUAAUAAAUUGCAUUUUAAUAAAAUAAAA